AUUUUAAUAUUCCUAUGAAAAACUUUCAUUCUCUUCCGCUACCACUGCAUGACCAAAUUCAAUUGAGACAUUUGAAUAAAGAACAUCUUUCUGAGUUGAAACAGCUUUGCUCUGAAUGCUUUCCUAUACAAUAUCCUGAUUCUUGGUAUGAAGAAGUAAUUAAUCAACAAAAGUUUUAUGGUAUUGCUGCAAUAAUCGAGAAGAAAUUAGUUGGUGUUAUUGUUGCUGAAAUUAAAGAUCUUUCAAGAUGUUGUGCAGAGGACAGAGAUAUCCUCAGCUAUUGGUGUUCUUCACAAACAAAAGUCGCAUUAAUUCUUAUUCUUGGCACAUCAAAAGAUUGCAGAAGAAAAGGAAUUGGAACUUUAUUAUUAACAACAUUUGUGCAGCAUGUUCAGCAAGAAAAACAUAGCAGUUGUAAAGUUGUGUACCUUCAUGUUCUUGCUUCAAAUAUAAAUGCAAUUUUAUUUUAUGAACAACUAAAUUUUAAACGCCACAAGCUACUUCUUAAUUAUUAUAGUAUCAGAGGUGAAAAAAUGGAUGGUUUUUCAUAUGUGUAUUAUACAAACAAUGGAAAUCCUCCACUUACAUUCAAAGAUAUGAAAACUAAGAUGACAGAAUAUUUAUCACAUUUUGUCUGUUGCAGAUUUUCUCGUUGUCUUUUGUCAGCAAUGAAAUAUCUAAGCAGCUAUCAUUUCAGCAACCCACAUUUCAAAAAAAAUUCUUUAAUAACAGUCUGAAGUUUGGAUUUUAUAUAUUUUUUUUCAAAUUAAAAAAAAUAUAGUUCUAGAUUUAUAUUUAUAGUAAUAAAAAUGUUUUUUUUUCACUUA